AUGGCGUAUUUUCUGGAUACGUCGUAUGCUGGAGAGGCGCUGCUCUCUGGCUUCAACUGGUUUGACGGGGUGGAUCCAUCUCAUGGAUUUGUUUCCUAUCAAAACAGACAAAAUGCCGAGCAAAUGGGCCUCUACAGCAUCGAUAACAAUUCAGGGGUUGUUAGGAUAGGAGUCGACAGCACGCAUAGAUAUUCAACUCUGGACCGAGGUCGGCCGAGCAUUCGAAUCGAAAGCAAAGAAACGUAUGAGCAUGGCCUCUUUAUUGCAGACUUUUUGCAUAUGCCUCCGUCACACUGCGGUCUGUGGCCAGCGUUUUGGUCAUAUGGCGAUAACUGGCCCUACGACGGCGAAAUCGACAUUAUAGAAGGCGUCAAUAUGGCGCACAACAACAUCAUAUCCGCGCACACUGCCGAUGGCUGCACCCAGGACUCAUCCAUAAACGGCCUCUAUAGCGGCCAGCAACUAAACACGCAAUGCGCCGUGGGGACCGAUAACAUUGGCUGUGGUUUCAACCCUUCGCCUGACGACGUCUCAUCCUAUGGUGACGGAUUCAACGCUGCUCACGGAGGCGUAUACGCCAUGGAGUGGAACGAAGAACAUAUUCGUAUCUGGCACUUUGCUCGAGGGUCGAUUCCUCGCGAUAUCGAGAACAAGGAGCCGGAUCCCGAACGCUGGGGACAGCCAGUGGCCAUUUUUGGAGGAUCUAGCUGUGAUGUGGACACGUAUUUCAAGAAUAUGAGACUGGUUCUCAACAUUAACUUUUGCGGAGACUAUGGCAAUGCCGUAUGGGGCAAAACAGACACAUGCAACCAAUUCGCGCCAACAUGCGCCGAAUACGUGGCAGAAAACCCAGAGGCCUUUGCAAACGCCUUUUGGGACGUGCGAUAUAUCGAUGCGUACCAGUUCCGCCCUGAGAAUCGUAACCCGCAACCAGACCACCCAAAUCGUCCAGGUCAUCCAGAUCGGCCAGAUCAUUGGGAACCCACGACGACAACGACAAUGACUACUCGGGCCACUGCCACCGUGACUGUGUUCGGGCCUGGGAAUUUGCAUCGUCCUCCAUAUCUUAACAGCACUCGUGGUUCCAAUGGCCCUCACGGCAAUCCCAUCCCCAUUGUACCAAUCGAGCCUGCUGCCACCAGGGCUCCUGUGAAUCCCAUCAAGAUCGGGGACUACGCAUAUCUCGGAUGCUUCCACUCGGGCAGUGACUUCAAAUCAUUCCGCGAAGUCGAUUCCGGCAAAGACAUGGCUCUCGAGCGAUGCAUUGAUCUCUGCCACGAACAAAAAUACGUGGGCGUCUUCGACACCCGCUGCUUCUGCGCAGACCACCUCGAUGCCCGCACAGCAGCAGCCCAAAAGGAGGGCCUAUGCAGCCGCGUCUGUCCCGGUGACAGUCGUGAAUUAUGCGGCGGCAUCAUUGGACGUGGAGGAGACGGCCAAGGCCGCCUCCCAGGAACAUUCUCUAAUUCGACUUCAUCUUCUUCGCCGUUUGCGCUUACUGUUUACGGCCGUGUUGCGGAGGAGAAGCCCAAAGCUCCUCCAGCUAUGGCGCCUGGUUCGAACGAGGUUGCGCCAAAGGCCUACCCUCAUAAGCCGUCUUGGACCACUCAAGUUGCCGAGGUGACUGUCUUUCCGGUUUCUGAGCAAGGCUGGCAAGAGCAUAGCGAGGGCUGGUGGUCACAUGAAACUUGGAAUGGCAAUGGCUGGCAUGACGAUGGCAAUGGCGAGGAACAUGAAGAUGGCCAGCAGAAAGAAGAUGGACAACACAAAGACGGAGAUGACAAGGGGAAGUGGAACCCGGCGAAGCCUGAAAUCACAGAGGUUCUGAUUCCCGUGACGAAGACGGUUACGGAUUGCCCCGAAAGCACCACGACAAAGGAGCAUGUCGUGAUUCCGCCUGCUAGGCCGAAGUCUUGGGAUCCUGCUGAUCCCAAGGAGCACUGGAGCUCUGUGCCUCCUUUUGGUCCUCUGCCACCUUUGCCCACACCUGUUGACCCCAAGGAACCCGGGGAAUCCAAGGAGCACUGGACUUCUGUCCCUCCAUUUGGACCUUUACCGCCUUUUCCUACUCCACCGCCUUCUCAUGAUGAUGCUGAGUCUCAUAUGCCCCCUCAUGAUGAAGAUGCUCCAUUCCCACCUCCAUUCCAAACGGGUGCGCAUCCGCCCCUUCCUCAAGUGAUUAUUGCUGCAGCACCGGGGAAUCAUGAGGGUAAGAAGUAUCUUGUGAUUAUGGGACUGAGCGUACUGGCUAUUGUCAUGGGAGUGUUGUAA